CAACAAAAUAUAUUCCAAUAUACAUAUAUGUACAAGAUGAUCACCUGCAUAUAACAUACAAUAAAUAGACCCACCGAAUUGUACUGUGGGUAUAUGGUUGAAAAAUAAAUCAAAUUUUAAACCAAUUCCAAACUCAUUAUCACAAAAAAAAAAAAAAAAAAAAAAAAAAAAAAAAUAGGGUGCAAUGGCGGAACAAUCAGGUAUGAAGAACGAUUCCCCAAAUGAGGAGAAACCCUACCAGCGGAAUCAUAGCUCACAAAUGGGUAAACCACUCACUUAUUCCUCUUGCUAUGCGUGGUGACACUUUUGUCGUUCAAAUUAAUGAGGGGGACAUUAGAGAACAAGUGGAGAUCAUCUCUGAUCGGGUGGAAAAUCAGUUCAUAUCAUUCUUCACCAAGCUUAUUGGGAGCGGCAACCAAUAUACUACCUUGUCCAAAUGAUGAGGUAAUAAAGCAGGGUAUUUUUCUAUCUAGAAUCCAACAACUUGACUUAAUCAGAGAUGUCACAGCUGAAGUCAUGGUAGCUAUCAAGAGUAUGUAUACUGAUAAGGCACUAGGGGUGGAUGGCUUUCCAAUUGAGUUCUUUACACAACACUGGGAUGAGGUGAAAGAUGAUGUACUUGCAGAUGUGCUAGAUUUUUUCAGAACUGGAAAGAUGAACAGGGCCAUAAACUGUACAACAAUAACUCUUAUUCCAAAAGUGCCUUCUCCAACACAGGUGAAGGACUAUGGGCCUAUAGCAUGUUGUACCACCCUAUGUAAAAGGAUCACUAAAGUGUUGUCUGGCAGAAUUAAGACUAUUAUCAGUGACUUGGUUGGAGGAUCUCAGUCUGCUUUCAUUGAGGUUAGAAGUAUCACUGACAGUAUUCUCUUCACUCAUGAACUGUUCAAGGGUUACACAAGGAAAGGUAUUUCAGCAAGGUGUAUGCUCAAGGUGAUAUUAGGAAGGCUUAUGACACUCUAGACUGGUACUUCUUGAAAAGACUGUUGAUUGAACUUGGUUCCCCACAUAAGUUUGUAUUGUGGAUCAUGGAAUGCAUAUCAACUAUCACAUACUCCUUGACCCUAAAUGGUGGACUUACAAAACCUUUCAGAGGACAAAGAGGAAUCAGGCAGGGGGAUCCAAUAUCCCCCUACCUGUUUGUCCUAGCCAUAGAAUAUUUGCAGAGGGAGUUUGCACAACUGGCAGUGAACAAGAAUUUCCACUUUCAUCCCAGAUGUAAAAACUGGGCGUGAUCUAUGUGUGCUUUGCUGAUGACCUUUUGAUGUUUUGCAAGGCUGAUCUCCCUUUUAUUAGACUGCUUCAACAAGCUUUUAUGAAGUUUUCAAUGGCUUCAAGCUUGCAGGCAAAUACAGAAAAGAGUUCUAUAUAUCUAUCUGCCAUUUCUGCUUCUUUGAAACAGGAUAUUCUAGAGGAGUUGGGGUUUACUGAGGGUACUAUACCCUUCAGGUACCUUGGAGUACUUUUGGCUUCUAGAAAGUUAUCCAUCUUACAAUGCUGGCCACUAGUGGAGAAAUUACUGCAAGGAUAAACUGUGGGACAUAAAAACUGCUAUCUUAUUUAGGAAGGUUGCAACUCAUCAAAUCUGUUAUCUUUGGAGUACAAUCCUACUGGGCUCAACUAUUCCUACUACCAAAGAAGGUUCUAAAAAUGAUUGAAGCUAUUUGUAUAUCAUUCCUUUGGAAAGGUACAUCCAGUAUUUCUAAGAAAGCAUUGGUCUCAUGUGAGAAAAUUUGUAUGCCUCAAGCUGCUGGGGGGCUAAAUGUAUUGAAUCUCUAUCACUGGAACAAAGUAGAUGUGGCUAAACAUCUAUGGGAUAUAACCAUGAAGAAAUAAUGUCUUUGGAUUCGUCGGGUUCGCUCUUAUUACAUGAAAAAUCAGAUUGUAGAUUCUGUGUCAAUACCCAAGAAUGCAGCCUGGUUUGUGAGGAAGAUAUUAGGACUUAGAAGUCUUAUUACAGAACUUCAGAAUGUGCAAGCUGACUUGCCCUCUAGAUUGGCUCAACUGCUGACUCCUGGUGGAAGCUUUAGCAUAAAGAAAUUGUACUAGCUUCUUCAUCCCCAAUUCCAGAGGGUCCCUCGGAAGAGUUUGAUUUUACAACUACAAUUGCACCUCAGAUUCAAGUUCAAUUUAUGGCUUGUUGCUAAUGGUAGACUACCUACUGUGGAUAGGUUGCAGAAAAUUGGAAUUCAAGUUGCUUAAACUGUGUUCUUGUUUAACUAAUGAACUGUUUGAGCAUUUUUUUCUUUGAUUCCUCUUAUACUAAGAGUAUUUGGUCUAGGCUUCUGUCAUGGCUUGGACAUUCUAGGAAAAUCACUACUUUGUAGGAGGUGCAAUGGGUGACCAUGUGUGCCCAAAUGAAAAAUGGACAUUGGACAGUUGUUUCAUGUGUCUUUGGUAUGAUGAUCUAUCUGAUUUGGAGGGACAGAAACAAGCUUAGGUUUCAAGGUGGGAGCACCUCACAAGACAGACUUUGUCGAGAGAUUGCAGUCCAUAUACACAACAGAGGAAGAUUAUUUCCCAUCUGGCAGAGACAUCUUGCAUCGUUGAUCUUUUUUCCAUAGCAUAGUUAAAUUCUGAUGUAUUUUAUUCCAUGUUUGAUCCUAGUUAGUUGUGAUGUGUAUACGUUAUUGUCAUACAUAGUAUAGGAGUUGAUCCGCAACUUCCUGGUUUAUAAAGAACAACUUUUGUUGAA